CAAAACCCAAGUGUCUAUUAUCAUCUUCUCCCCUUUUGGGUCUGUCGUUACCAACGCGUGGGCGCAACGAUUAUGCGUCGCUCUGUGAAUUGAUUUUCAGAUUCGGACUCCAAUCAAGUGAAGUGCUACACCCAGCGGCAAAGGUUUUUCAUUUCUUGAGAUCCCAACUCUGAUCCCUUCUGAAAUCUUUGCUUUUACAGUUCUCACCAAGAUGUUCAAAAAAUUUUCAUCUGAAGAUGUGUCUUCACAAAACCAAGUCAAAGCAUCUGUGCAGAGGAAAAUUCGGCAAAGCAUUGCUGAGGAGUACCCAGGACUUGAGCCUGUGUUGGAUGAUUUGCUUCCGAAGAAGGCCCCUUUAAUUGUUGUGAAAUGUCAAAACCAUUUGAAUCUGGUAUUGGUUAAUAGUGUUCCACUAUUCUUCAAUAUUCGUGAUGGACCAUACAUGCCCACUCUCAGACUCCUUCACCAGUAUCCGAACAUAAUGAAAAAGUUUCAAGUGGAUCGUGGUGCGAUAAGAUUUGUCCUUGCUGGUGCAAACAUAAUGUGUCCUGGUCUUACAUCCCCUGGUGGUGCUUUGGAUGAUGAAGUGGAAGCAGAAACUCCUGUGGCAAUAAUGGCUGAAGGAAAACAACAUGCUCUUGCAAUUGGCUUUACCAAAAUGUCAGCUAAAGACAUAAAGGCAAUCAACAAGGGAAUUGGGGUAGACAACAUGCAUUAUCUCAAUGAUGGCCUAUGGAAGAUGGAGAAGCUAGAAUGAGCAACUCUCGGGGGAGAACAACUGCAAUGCCAUACAUGCAAAAAGUUAAAGAUAAACUUGAAGAAAGAAAAGUUACAAUAUAGUUGUGGUUCUUCUUUGCAUUGCAGUUUGUCUAUAUGUUUUGAGAUGUUUGUAACCAGCUGGAAGAAGUUGCAUGAUGAAUCUGUCAAAUCCUUUUCCCUUGUGUUUGAUGUAUGCCAAUACUGUAGAGAGAAUCUUUGUUUUCCAUAUGACUACAAAUAUUGCGGCUGGAUUUUUGGAUUGAACAAAAUGGCAGCUUAUCUCCUCUCA